AUGUCGAUCCCCACCCGUGCAUCCUUCUGGCAGCUGCCGGCGCCCGCCGAGCGCAAGGGCUUCGAGAGCCUCGAGCUCAAGGAGGGCGACGUGCCCAAGCCCGGCCACAAGGAGGUGCUCGUCAAGGUCCAUGCUACUUCGCUGAACUACCGCGACCUGAUCAUCGCCAAGGGCCUGUACCCGCUGCAUCUCAAGGAGGGCGAGCUGGUGCCGCUCUCUGACGGCGCCGGCGAGGUCGUUGCCCUCGGCCCCGAGGUCACCGAGUGGUCGACGGGCGACCGCGUCACGAGCAUCUUCAACGCCACGCACCAGAAGGGCGCCGUGCCGGACCAAAUUGAGAUCCAGUCGGGCCUCGGCGGCGGUCUCGAUGGCAUGCUUGCGCAGUACCGCGUGCUGCCUGAGACGGCGCUCGUGCGCAUCCCCGACCACCUCUCCUACGAGGAGGCCGCUACGCUGCCGUGUGCCGCAGUCACUGCCUGGAACGGCCUCUACGGCCUCAAGGAGCUUGGCUUCAAGGCCGGCGAGACGCUCGUGGCACAGGGAACCGGCGGCGUGAGUGUCUUCGGCCUGCAGUUCGGCCUUGCCGCCGGUGGCCACGUCGUCAUCACGUCGUCGAGCGAUGAGAAGCUCGAGACGGUGCGCAAGCUCGUGCCGCAGGAGCACCAGAAGCGCCUGCACACGCACAACUACAAGAAGGACAAGGACUGGGAGAAGAAGGUGCUCGAGGUGACCAAGGGCAAGGGCGCGGCCCAUGUGCUCGAGGUCGGCGGUCCGGGCACUCUGGAGAAGGCAUUCCAGAGCAUCAGGCCUGGCGGCGUCGUGAGCGACAUUGGCUUCGUCGCUGCGGGCGAGCCGCCGAAUGUCGGCCUGCUGGCCCUGCAGCAGCGUGCCAUCUACCGCGGCGUGCUCGUUGGCUCUCGGGAGCUGUUCGAGGACAUGAACCGCGUCAUCGAGGCACACGAGAUCAAGCCGCUCGUCGACAAGGUCUUCCCCUUCAAGGAGGCGCGCGAGGCGUACGCCUACCAGUGGAGCGGCGCGCACGCCGGCAAGGUCGUGGUGCGCAUUGACCACUAG